ACUGAGGUGGGCGGGCUCCUCUUAGAAAAUUAUAAGGUCAUUUGAAUUACGCCUGCUUGUGAACUCACCGGUUACAAUGAAUCGAAGGAUAUUAUAAAUUAUUGUGAUCCUGAUGAUGAUCGUAGGGUCAAAGUCGACGCGUAUCGCUCGGGCAUUUUCUCAGCAGCAGCAGCAGCAGCGGGAGGUCGUUGCGGGGUUGACCACAGGAGGAGAGCCCAGUGCGAGCGGCUGCCUGGGUGCGUUUGUCUGAAUCUCUAUCCAGCCGGAGGGAGCGACCAGGCUGGCCUGUAAGCCGAUCAAGGUGGAAUCUCCCACAACGAGUUUCACAUUCGGAUCGCUGAGCACCUACAUGCCGUAGCAGUGAGAGGAAGGGGGCAAGGAUGAUGCGUCUGGCAUGUUGCACAGUCCUGCUGUUUGUGUUGAGGCUGCUGGUGGGCCUGCCUUGGUACCAGGUUCUUCCAGCCAUCCUGAUCUUCUACCUUGGAAGUGGAGGAUGGAGCUUUCUGGAUAUUGUUGUCAAAACAAUUGGCAGAGAUCUACAUGCGGCCUACGUGCUACUGCGCGUGAAGCUGAACGUCAAGCGACAUGUCAGAGAGAAGAACACUCUUCCAAAGAUCUUUGCAGAAACUGUGCGGCGCCAUGGCGACAAAACUGCUCUCAUCUUUGAGGGGACCGGAGAGAGGUGGACUUUCCGACAGUUGGAUGAAUACUCCAACCGAGUGGCCAACCUGCUGCUGGAUCGUGGUUUUAAGGAAGGAGAUGUGGUGGCCCUGUUCAUGGAGAACAGAUCCCAGUAUGUGGGCCUCUGGCUGGGAAUGGCUAAAAUCGGAGUUGAAGCUGCUCUCAUCAACUUCAACUUGAGACUAGAUGCUCUGGUCCACUGUGUUACCAUCUCCGAUGCCAAGGCUGUGGUGUUUGGUUCAGAGCUUUCUGAUGCGGUGUCAGAGGUCCACAGUUUGAUGAGGAAGGCGGUUCUGAUGUUUUGCUGUGGAGACUGGGACCCCAAACGAGUACCGCAGGGAACAGAGUGCCUGGAGCCCCUGCUGACUGGCGCCUCGUCUCGCCUGCCUCAACGGCCAGAUCGCUGCUUCACAGAUCGGCUGUUUUAUAUCUACACAUCAGGAACCACAGGAAUGCCUAAAGCUGCCAUUGUUGUGCACAGCAGAUACUACCGCAUGGCUGCUUUGGUAUAUUACGGCUUUAGGAUGACACCAGACGAUGUCCUCUAUGAUUGUCUCCCGCUCUACCACUCUGCAGGGAACAUUGUGGGAGUGGGACAGUGCCUAAUACACGGAAUGACUGUGGUCAUCAGAAAGAAGUUCUCUGCAUCCCGUUUCUGGGAUGACUGUGUCAAAUAUAACUGCACUAUUGUGCAGUACAUCGGAGAGAUUUGUCGAUAUCUACUAAACCAACCAGUUCGAGACUCUGAACGUCAGCAUCGGGUGCGCAUGGCGCUGGGGAACGGCCUGCGCCAGUCCAUAUGGGAGGAAUUCAUGAAGCGCUACAAUAUCCCACAGAUUGCAGAGUUUUACGGAGCCACAGAGUGCAACUGCAGCUUGGGCAACUUUGGAAACAAGGUUGGCGCAUGUGGCUUUAACAGCCAGAUUCUGCCCUUCAUCUAUCCCAUCAGGCUGGUGAGGGUUGAUGAAGAGACCAUGGAGCUCAUACGAGGACCUGAUGGUGUCUGCAUUCCUUGUAAACCUGGCGAGCCUGGCCAGCUAGUAGGGAAGAUCAUCCAGAACGAUCCCCUUCGAAGGUUUGAUGGCUACGUUAACGAAACGGCAACGAGCAAGAAGAUCGCUAAUAGUGUCUUCAAGAAGGGCGAUAGCGCCUAUCUUUCUGGUGACGUUCUGAUCAUGGAUAAGUAUGGCCAUAUGUACUUCAAGGACCGAACAGGAGACACUUUCCGGUGGAAAGGAGAGAACGUCUCAACAACCGAGGUGGAAGGAACCUUAAGCAGGCUGCUUGAGAUGAAAGAUGUGGUUGUUUAUGGAGUAGAAAUCCCAGGAGCAGAGGGAAAGGCUGGAAUGGCAGCCAUCGCUGAUCCGUCCCAAUCCACCGACCUGGAGAAAUUGUUUAAGGACAUGGAGAAAGUUCUCCCUCCGUAUGCCAGACCUGUGUUUCUUCGCUUCCUUCCAGAAGUUAACAAGACAGGAACGUUUAAAUUCCAGAAGACAGAGUUGCGUCAUGAUGGUUUUAAUCCCACUGUUGUGUCAGACAAACUGUUCUUCCUGGAUUCCAGCAGAGGGCGCUAUGUGCAGCUGGACGAAGAGCUUUACCGCUCCAUAGUGUCGGGGAAGCACAAAUUGUGACGGCCUGACAGACCACUACAUCAACUUGUGCACACACUGACAUGCAGACAUAUUUCAAUAAAUAAAGAAAAGAGGACAACAUUGCCUGCCCAGGUUAGCAGAACAUGUACAUGGAUGCUAAUGUAAGAGCCAUAAGCUUCCAAAGGCCAAUGCACACACACAUACGCUCAAACCUACUUUGCUCAUUAAAGUUCUAAAAAAACAAACAAAAAAGAGAUAUAUGGACAGCACGCUCAAAAGGAUAUACUCUGCUCCAUCCAUCCCGGCUGAAAUCUCCCCGGCAACUCCUCUCGCUACCUCAGCAGACAAAAAGAGAGGCACCAACCACAGAAACCAGGUUCUUUCUGGAAACUUCAAACAUCCUUUCAUUGUAACACCGACCUUGAAGACCCCUUACCAACAUGCUUUCCCAGCAAGAAAUAAGGCACACAGGCUGCCUGGAAUCCAGAAUGCAACAACUUGCAAAUACAAACUUAAAAGGACACUGAAGAGAACUGUGAAACCAGUCCUGCAUAUAAAGUGUGCGGAACAACGAAGGGACCUUUGUGCACCUAAGUUAUCUCUGUUCAUGUUAUCAUGUUAUGUUAUGUUAUAGUGAGAUUAUCUUGUGAAAGAUGGCACCUCUGCUUUUGACUUAACCUGCACAACUAGCCAGAAAGUGACGAACCAUAAUCUCCCACACCAGAAGUUCAGAUUACCUGAAACAUUAGUCAUUCCGACCUUGUUGCUCUCCAAAGCAUCCAUGCAUUGUUACUAAAAGGGAACAAUUUAAGAGCAGCUGGAAAGGACACAUGUUAAAUAAGACCAGUGGUUGCAGCUUUAAUGUGCAAUAACUCUCCAGCAUCUGCAGUGCAAUAAUCAGCUGCAAGCCAUCAGAACUUUGUUUUUAUUUAUUCAUUAAAAUAUGUCAGCAACAUACCAAAUAUUUUAAGUUGAUGUUUACAUAUUUUAGAUUAUAGAACUUGUAUUUUAUCCUUUUUUUAUGCUGCAUGUCCAUCCAAAUCCAUCUUACAUUGGCAUGUAAGAUGUGGCAUGUGGAGUCCAUCAAAGCAAAGCUGUUGAACCCAUUUCAUAUUGGCUGCUGGAACACAAAGUAAAGCAACAGCAUAAAGUCAACCCUGGGCUAAAUAACACAUUUUAUCUUCUGGUUUGCAUGUUGAACUCUCAUGGUUAUGUGGCCAAAUUGUGCAGGUUUUGUCUGAAUAGGUAGACUUUGCUCAUCUUGGGAUGGGUGUGUGUGUGUGUAUGUUGGUUUGUUUUGUAUGUGUUCACCUAAAGCAUAUGAAAAAGGACUUGACAGAAGGAUUUCCUGAUAUGAGUGCUUCAGAGCGAGAUUCUGCAACAACGUCCAGGAGAGCUGAUUGACCAAAAAAAAUUCAAAACAACAGGGAAGAAUUGAACAGGAGCUGAAACAGGAGUAGAGAAGUCAGAAGUUUACUUUGUUUAAUUUGGGGCUUUUUAUUAUUUAUUUAAGCUACUCAUUUUCCAGUUUGGAAUGGAAAAUGAGUAGCUUAACAUCAAGUUAUCUUAACAUAUAACUUGAAAGAACAAGCAUUGGGUGUGCAAAUAGUUGACUUUAUGGCAGAUUGUCUAAUCAGCACAGAGUCAAAGAUAUAGCUAUACAUACUCAUGUAAUCUCAUUAAUAUUUGGUUACAUAUCCCUUUGCGAUUUUCAGCUUAAUCACACACUUUCUGUAACCAUCAACAAGAUUCUGGCAUCAUUCAGGCUGAAUAUUUGACCACAUUUCAUUUAAAUUGUUUGGUUACUGGAAUGGACCCAAUUUUUAAGCUUUGUUUAUACAUUUUCUAGAAGGCUUAGGUUUGGACUAGGGGAAGGCAUGGUGGUGGCAGUAUCAUGCUUGGAAAAGGAAAAUUAAGGUCUGGCUCACAGAUUAUCAAAUGUAGAUGUUUAAAAGUUGGACUCCAUUGAGUAUAAAGGUGCCGUCAACAAACUACCAGAAGUUUGUUGAUGGCAGCAAUAAGCAUAUAUUUGAAUCUGUGAAAUUUUGAACUGGUGACAUUUGAAUCUAAUUCUUGUUUCUAAAAAUAAUUAAACAACAACAGAACAGUUCAAAUAAAAAUACAUAAAAACUGAAAAACAAUGUAAUUGGAUCCCAUGACGAUUGUAUGUAAACUUCUGACCAGAGCUGCUCUUUCUAGUUAAUGUUGAUAUCCAUCGCUUUCAUGAAUGAACGAGCACCAUGGACCAUGCGCAGAGCACUGUGCCACACUGCGAGUUCACGUCCCAGACACACAGCCCCUGGCCCUCAUCUUAAUCUGACGUUUCAGCAUUUCUUUCUUAUUUCAGCUUCAGUCUGUUCUCCAUCAUAACAACUUGACUACAUAGGAUCAUGGGAUUUCCUUAAAAUCUGCAAAAACCAAGUGGGUGGGAGCAGGAAGAAUUUAUCUCCUAAUACUCUCCUUUAAGAUUUUAUUCCUACCUUGAACUUAAUUUGUGUUUGCCGUGUUCGUUUGCCAUCCAACCUUCUAAUAGCCAUGCCUUGUUUUCUGUCUACUCUGUCCCAGUUGAACUCGUGUUGUUUCAGACGUUGAUUAAAAAUCGUCCCGGAUAUGAUUGGCUUGUUCAUGAAUUCUGGCGACAUUUAGCUUCACCUAAAAAUGAAUUUCAAGAAACUUUCUUUUGCUCAUUUGAGUUCUCUGCUGUUGCUCUGUAACCCUUGACCUUAUAUUGCAUCCUGCAGUCACAUGCAGUACACCAAAGCAGAAUAUUGUUAUUGUUUUCAGGAUGCUGCAUGCUUUGAAGCAUGUUUUCUUGGUUCAUGCAUUGCAUUUACUGACAUAGGAAAUCUUCAGUCAUUUUUUUCACCCAUUGUUUCCUCAUCAUUUGAGGGGGGAAAAGUCCAACAGAGGCGUUCACGAGGUCCAGCUUCGUUCCAGCCUCCUUUGUCUCUUUCGCUACUGAAUUUAUUCUUUAAUGAUGAGUGUAAAAUGUUCACAUGAAUGUGUUUGGCGGGAAAAAUGAACAAAUGACUGAUUUGUUGUUGUGAGGUGUAAUUUGUGUGUCUACGGUUUGGCUGUUAUGAUGCUUCUGAUUGGUGGCGGUUGCAUUUGUCAAUUCAUACCACCAGGGGGCGAGUGAUUAAACAGCCCCAGAGCACUGCACUCUGAAGAAGAUGUUGUCAUUUUUUUAUAUAUAUAUAUUUUAAAAUUAGCUUAAAUUAUUUUAUUUUUGGAAGCCUGUCCAUUAUUCUUUGAUCCACUGCUUUUUGUAUGUUUUUGUGUGAAAUCAUGACUCUGUGAUUGUGGUCUAAAAGGGGAUUUAUGCUUGGAUGACAAUCGAGUGAGCGGUAUAAAUUUUAACCCACCUCUGAGAUGCACAAGGAAGGAUAAGAAAAUAAUUACUCACAGUCUAUUUGAUUUGACAUGUCCAUGUUGGAAAAAUACUGAUGGAAAUUAGAGAUGUGGCGUUUCCUUAACACUAGAAUUAAUAUAAAUUUAAUUGGUAAAAAUAAAUCUUACAAAAUAAACUUUAUUGUUCAAAUUUUCCUAAGAGAGUUUUGGGUUUGACAACUAUAUCCACAUUUCUAAGAUUACAUUUUAUUUUCCUAUUAGUUUCAUGUUUUAUAUAGCACAGCAACAAGAUUUAACUCUAAGCUUUCAGUCCUACAUAGGAACUUCAGUCAAUUAAACCCUAACUUUGUAAGUUAUAAAAUGUUAGAAAGCAUCAAAAUAAAUCAUUUCCGAUAUAAACUAACUGAUCAAGAUUACAAGAGUCUCUGUGGAUUCACUAUUAAGUUGGAUGCAAUAAAGUUGAAUUAAACUUUGCUGAGGAAACAUGUUUUUGUGAUGCAUCUGUGUCCUCUAUGUCUCACCCUGCUUUUUGCACAUUUUUUUCCGCGUUCAUUAUGGUGUUAGUAAAUCUGCCUCCCUGUGUUUCUGUUGCUUUUAUUUUACUGUGUUGUUGCACUGCAGGAGUUCUCAACCUGUGCAGAGUGUGUAGACGAGGUCUGAGAGGUGUGUGAGACACACACACACAGAGUUUCCCUCCUACCCACACAAGGCUAGUUGUGCACAUACUGUAUUAAAGGAAAGGGAGAUACAUACAGUGCUGCAAAUGGAAAGAUAAUUAUUAAUAAAACUAUUUACAUUGUUCACUUUGA